AUAUUCAUAAAGGCCUGCUGUGGUCACUCGAUCGAGACCGGAACUACUUUGUCUCUCUAUAAAUAGCAUUUUGAAGGGAAAAUCCCGUCGAUUGUUUGGUUUAUUUCGUUUUAAAAAAGGAACUCGCUACUUCCCAUAAAUGGAAUCAAUUAUUUCCCCAGUCGAGUUGCGGAAUUAACUCUCGUGAUGCCAUCAGAGUCCAAAACCUGAUCGAUCAGUUUAGAGUACAAAGUCAGGGCUGAAGUCACUCUGAGUCUGAGUCCAUUAUUUGAACGUCGAAGUAACUUGAAGAGAACGAGAAUGUCAAGAAAACAAGAAUUCGAUGGACUUUUAUACAAGCACAAAGCAUUAGAAAUCAUCAUAUCUGCAUCACUAACUGUCAAUCUGUGUGUAGUCUGUUAUACACUUUUACCAUGGGUAUACAGUCUUGUUAGGAGAAAACUUUACAAGAAAACUAAUGGUGAAACUACAAAAGAAGAUAAUGAUAUUCAAGUCAGUCGCAUAUCCAGCAGUGUCCCAUUCUACGUAGCCUUCCCCGUGUGUGGCCUGGUGCUGAUAUUUACUUCAAACAUCCUACGAAGCCCAUUCUUCACGUUUGAUAGUUCCCUUUGCAUCGUGUUUUCGUCAGCCCUUGGUCAGUACAUCUAUAAAAGUGCCGAGGCGGUGUACUGGAAAAGAGAGACAAACUACAGACCCUUGCUUGUUCAUAAUGCUGUUGUCAUAGCAAUCUAUGCAGUUAUCUUAUGCUAUGAGCAGGGUGCAAUUAUUGGUGUGGUUGGAUUGCUUAUGAAAGGCAGUUUUGCUUUUGCAGAAUUUGAUAUUGAAAACUUCUCAAAAUCCAUGAGAAAACGAAGUCCCUCGUUACCUCCCAAAGUCACUUUUGUUGGCAUGUUUGUGGUGUCGGUGAUCCUGAAAGGGCUUUUACCAUGUUUACUCGUAGUCUUCUCAAUUGUCACAUCAUCAGGGGAUCUUCUAAAGAUGCAGUACAUUCCACUUGCGUUCUUCUUCCUCAGUCUGGUGUUCUUUUCAGCAGUUGCCGGCUGGUUCUUCAAGGAUGCUUUUUGUGGCCUGCGAUACAUGUUUGGCCGAUCCAAACAUACAUACCUAUGGAACACGAUACAACAGCCAGUAACCACUCUCAUCAAUCAUAACGGGCUUGAAAAGCUCAUGGAGAAGGAGAAAGGUGCGGGGAUACUGCAAAUCAAGUGCAAUGAAUUAUGGGAUCAAGACUCUGCAUCAUUGUGUAGUGCGCAUGUGUUGGGAAGCAAGUUGAAGAAUGUUGACGUCAUAGAGGUUGAAUGUGCUACACCUUCUGUUCUCAAGUCUACAAACAUCGUGCACUAACUUAAAAAUAAUAAAUCUGUCUCCAUGUUAUAUGGGGAAAAGAGAGUACACAUUUAAGCAAGAAUUGAAGAUAAUUGUAGAUAUAGUCAUAUGAAACAUAAAAAUGAACGCUUGCCAUAUGAAGUUACACCUUCGACGUUACGUGUAAUGUGGUACGCGGGAAAAUAACACUGUUAUCAUAUUUCAAGAAAUUAUCAUAAAGUAUAUAUUUUCAGUAGAAAACCAUAUUUAAAAGUUUAUUCAGUAAUUGACUGGGCAUCUUUAAGUAUUUAGUAUUUAUUUAAAUUGCCGCAAAGAAUUAUGGGAAUUAUUAGUAUGACAAAUUAACAAACAGACAAGUGAAAUAACAUUAAUAAUUUCGUGCCAUUAAAGGGCAGACCCCGAGGGGAGGGGUGAAGAGGAGGGGGUUACAAAGGUGAACCCAGGCUGAUAUUAUGAAUAUUCAAAUAUAAAGUUAUAUUAUCACGUGUGUCUUAUGAUCAUAUAAAAAUAACAGAAAGUCUAAAUCUUGAAUAAAAGAAUGUUUAUAGAAAUGAAUAUUGCUAUAAAGURAAUAGUACUAAUUGCCUUGACUUACUAGUAAUGUAUAUAUUUGAGUAGAAAUAAAAUCAUUGUGAAAGA